UGUGCAGUGGAAAAUGAAGAACUUGUCCAACACCUGGGGGCCGCCAAGGAUGCCCAGCGGCAGCUCACGGCCGAGCUGCGCGAGCUGGAGGACAAGUACGCCGAGUGCAUGGAGAUGCUCCACGAGGCGCAGGAAGAGAUCAAGAACCUCCGGAACAAGACCAUGCCCAACACCACAUCCAGGCGUUACCACUCGCUGGGCCUGUUUCCCAUGGACUCCUUGGCGGCGGAGAUCGAGGGAACCAUGCGCAAGGAGCUGCAGCUGGAAGAGCCCGAGUCGCCAGACAUCGCUCACCAGAAGCGAGUCUUUGAGACCGUAAGAAACAUCAACCAGGUCGUCAAGCAGAGGUCUCUGACCCCGUCCCCCAUGAACAUCCCUGGCUCCAACCAGUCCUCGGCCAUGAACUCCCUCCUGUCCAGCUGUGUCAGCACCCCGCGAUCCAGCUUCUACGGCAGCGACGUCGGCAACGUCGUCCUUGACAACAAGACCAACAGCAUCAUCCUGGAAGCAGAGUCAGCAGACCUGGGAAACGAGGAGCGGAGUAAGAAGCCGGGCACGCCGGGCACCCCGGGCUCCCACGACCUGGAGACGGCGCUGCGGCGGCUGUCCCUCCGCCGGGAGAACUACCUCUCGGAGAGGAGGUUCUUCGAGGAGGAACAGGAGCGGAAGCUCAGGGAGCUGGCGGAGAAGGGCGAGCUGCUCAGCGGCUCCCUGACGCCCACCGAGAGCAUCAUGUCCCUGGGCACGCACUCGCGGUUCUCGGAGUUCACCGGCUUCUCUGGCAUGUCGUUCAGCAGCCGCUCCUACCUGCCCGAGAAGCUGCAGAUCGUCAAGCCGCUGGAAGGUUCUGCCACCCUUCACCACUGGCAGCAGUUGGCCCAGCCUCACCUCGGGGGCAUCCUGGACCCCCGGCCUGGUGUGGUCACCAAGGGCUUCCGGACGCUGGACGUUGACCUGGAUGAAGUGUACUGCCUUAACGACUUCGAAGAAGAUGACACAGGUGACCACAUUUCCCUCCCGGGCCUAGCUACCUCCACGCCAGUUCAGCACCCAGAGACCUCAGGUGAGAGGUCCCGAGCACGCGUGACUGUCUCAGGCAGCAGAAGUUACCCGAGCCGGCCUCAGGCUUUCCCAGAGGAGAUGCAGGAGCUGCCAGCGGCCGAGGAGGAGGAGGAGGAGGAGGAGGAGGGGUCUGCCCACCACCCUGGGAAGUGCAUGUCACAGACAAACUCCACCUUCACCUUCACCACCUGUCGCAUCCUGCAUCCUUCAGACGAGCUCACGCGGGUCACGCCAAGGUAAGGGACCCGGCUGUGG